CAUUUUGUUCAUUACGUGUAGGCAUUCAAAUAUUAUUCAAACUCUGAACGUCAUCGUCAUAUGUUGACUAUUAGCUUUCUUUUUCUACUUUUAGGUGUUGUUUUGUUGAUUCUACGUUUCUUUCAGGUUAAAAUGCUACAUCUAACAUUGAUCAAUGACUAAUUCACUGUUUUCUAUAGUAUACAGCAUUUGCCAUAGCAGGAUCGAAAUUGACGCAAUGUAUUCGUUUGAAAGCAUUUGGAUGUCUUCUUCGUCAAGAAGUUGCUUAUUUUGAUCGACCUGAAAACAGUUCAGGUGCGAUUUGUGCUCGCCUUUCUUCUAAUGCACUAGCCGUUCAAGAGGCGAUGGGUAUACGAUUAGGAAACAUUUGCGAAGCUCUUACAUUGUCGGUUUUUGGAAUUCUAUUUGGAUAUUUCAUAAGCUGGCAAUUGACAGUGAUCACUUCUGUACCUCUGGUUAUUCUACUCGCACUCACCUAUGGAAAUGUGUACUUACGUAUAUCGCUGAAUCAACAAACAACUCUAAUUCUUGGACGAGCAAGCACUGUAAGAUCAUACUGUAGCUGAUAAUUUUCGAUUUUGUUGGAAAAGUUAUUUUGUUCUCACUUGCUUGAUAAGCUUAAUGCAUCCAUCAUAUUUAUUCUGUCAUUUACUUUUACAGCUUGCUGUUGAAGUUAUUCACAACAUGCGUACAAUAAAACAGUUGUCCAUUGAAAAGGAAAUAUUAAGAAAAUAUUCUGAAAUAAUUUAUGAAGUGCCUAUGUUAGUCAAUCGAGUCUUGUAGGUUUAAAAAUUAUUAAUGAAUCUUAUUAUGUUAUAGAUUCUCUUGGAAAUUUUUGGUGCUAUCUUCAACGGCGUAUAGUAUAUUUUGGAUACUAGAUAUAUAUACUUUGGCAUUUAUGUAUUGGCGUGCUCUAGUUCUAAUUGAAAAGAACGAGACCACCUCGAACAGUGUUAUAAUGUAAUUAAAACUACAGUUCGGUAAUCUAGAGACAAAGUUUCAUUAUCUUUUCAAUUUAUUAGGGUCUGUUCGCUUGCUGGUUUUUCGAUUCAAGCACUAAGAAUUGUCGGAAUGAAGUGACAUUCUUGUUCUCGAAGUUUGAGUUUUUCCUUUCACAGACUCUCAUUCUAGAUCUUGGCGCGUUGCUGCAUCAAUCUCAGCUGCUGAAGAAUUUUUUGAUUUAUUUGAUCGAAAACCUGCUAUCGACAAUACAUCUGGUGAAGGACAAGAAUUGGUUGACUUUCGUGGUGACAUCAAAUUUGAUCAAGUUAAAUUCAUCUAUCCAACUCGGCCAACAUCUAUUAUUCUUAACAAAUUUCAAUUUAAUAUCAAACCAGGUCAACGUGUAGCUCUUGUUGGUACAUCUGGAUGUGGUAAAUCAACAAUAAUUCAACUAUUAGAACGAUUCUAUGAUGUUACUAAUGGUCAACUUCUGCUUGAUGACGUUGAUAUUCGACAAUUAAACAUUCAUUGGGUUCGGUCUCGUUUGGGUCUUGUCAGUCAAGAACCAGUUAUGUUCGAUUUAACAAUUGCUGAAAAUAUAGCGUAUGGCUUAGAAAAUGUUCUAAUAGAAGAUAUUAUCAAUGCAGCGAGUAGAGCUAAUAUUCAUCAAUUUAUUCACCAAUUGCCUCAGGGCUAUGGAACAAAAGUAGGGUUGAAAGGUACUUUUCUGUCAGGUGGUGAGAAGCAACGUAUUGCUAUAGCUCGAGUUCUUAUUCGUCGACCUAAAGUACUGCUCUUAGAUGAAGCUACAAGUGCCAUGGAUUCACAUAAUGAACACCUCAUACAACAAACUCUUGAACAAGCUCAAACAGAAGACCCUAGUCGAACAUUACUCAUUAUUGCACAUCGUUUUUCAACUGUUCGUUCGUGUGAUUUGAUUUGUGUCCUUGAUAAAGGACAUAUAGUGGAAAGUGGUACUCAUACAGAAUUGAUAAAACGACGUGGACCUUAUUAUAAAAUACUUGCUCAAAACAAUUUGCAAUAA